UUUGACAAUUUCACUGAUGCGCUCGGAUUUAACUAUCAUGUUACACAGGGUUCUAUUGAAAAAUCUAAUUGUAUUAUUUAUUUUGUCACAACCGGUUAAACUGUUUCACUAUAUACAGAUAUGUAUCGGUUUAACACACUUUUUGGUGAAAUUGUAAUUUUUAACAAUAAUCAUAAUCUUUAUAUACAGAAGAAGAAGAGGAAGAGAUCGUUUAUUUUGGUACUUUAUACUUUUACAGUAUCUCGUUUCAUACAAUCAUGACUAUAUAAGCAUUAUCUUUCUUUACAUACAUUAACUUCAGAAUAGGUUGGUUGUAACAAUAGGUUAGCUUAAAUCGGAUAUCUCUUCUAAGCUGGAAUAUGUGACGAAAAAAAUCUCAUAAAUAAUAAAGGUGACUUCCAACAACAAAGGUGACUUCCGAUUGUCCGGAAGAACUGAAUAAACAAGGGACAAGACAAGGCAAGAUGGAUUAAUUAUAACGUCAAAUUUAACUGACAAUGCGGAGGACUUUUAUAUGUCCUGGCACGAAUACCACACAGUGACUGCUCAGAUGAUAGAUUUAUCGAAAUUCAGCGCUAGUGAUAUAGCAUUGUAAUAUUCCUAUCAGUUGUGACUAGGCAGUAUAAAUGUUAUAAACGCAUUCUCUAAGCAGCAGUGCUAUAGGAAACAAGAUUUCGAUAAAAAAUUAUUGGAAAAAAACAACAAAGUCAAAACAGACGAUAUUUAUAUUAAGAUAUUUUUUUCUAAAUAGGAAAUUUAGCAAGAACAGUUGGAAUUUCUAUAUUCAUAGAAACAUUUCUUGAAUUCAAGUAUCCAAUUAUCUCGCCGAAACAAAUAUGGAAUUAAAUGGCAGUGAUUUUACAACAAAAAACACAACGGAGAAAGUAAAAGAGUAUUUUCGAGAUGGAAAAAAAUUUGAAUUAACAGAAGAAGCGAUGAUGAAAGUUAACAUUUGGCCGCUUAUUUUAACGUUUAUUUUUGCAGUUCUUGGAUUUAUCGGAAAUAGUAUUGUCAUAUACAUCUACUGGAGGAAGUAUAAGAAAACUAAAACACGUGUAUUUAUUUUGACCUUGGGAAUACUAGACUGGUUAAACUGUGCUUUUAACAUGCCAGUUGAAAUAGUCGUUUUGUGGAAUCCGCUGUCAUUUGAUUUACAUUACUUGUGUAAAAUAUCACGUGGAUGUACAUUCGUUAUAAACAAUACAGGAUCAUUAGUACUUGUUUCAAUAGCCAUAGAACGGUAUAUUGUUGUGUAUCAUCCCCUCAAAAACAGACAACUGACACCGAAAUUCGCGAAGGUAAUGUGUCUUCUAGCGUUCGUAAUUUCUUCAAUAUUUUCAUGGCCGUCCUUUGUUUUUUACGGAAGUCAUACACUCACUAUAGAAAUUGCUAAGGAUCAUUUCGUUGAAGGUAAAACUUGUUUAAUUGCUGAUGAGCAUGAGUUUCGAACAGGACUACUGCUAAUUUUUACCACUGUGCUCUUUGUCCUGCUAGUUUUAACGUUUUUAAUAUUAACUGUCUUGUAUAUCGCCAUUGGACGUAAAAUAUACAUUGCAACAUGCACAGAUCUUACAGAUAAAGGAAAGGGGGAAGUGACACGUUUGUUUAGUAAGAGUAUAAUUUCGGCAAUAACUGGAGUUGCCAAGCCAACAGAAUUGAAAAGAAACUCAACAUGUAGACAUGUAACAACCAUCAAUAGUGUUAAGAUAAAAAGAAAUUCGCAAAAUAUUCAGGAACGAUCGUUUUCAAUCGUGAGUGAAAAUGAGGAAUCUAAAAUGCCAUCAGAUUCCAAUGAAAAAUUGUCGUCUAUGAGACGAAAUAGUCGGAAAUUCUCAACAGUCAAAGUAAAGGCAACACGGAAAAACACUGUAAUGAUGCGAAUGGUUACAAUUGCAUUCAUGCUGUCAUUUACACCAUUUCUUUGCAUUCUGAUUAUACGUUAUACAAACCCUAUGUAUUAUUUUGGAUUAAAAACUCCCGGCAAAAUUGCCUACGCCGUUUUCCUAAGAACAUAUUUUAUAAACAGCAUGGUAAAUCCAUUUAUAUAUGGUUUCAUGAAUUUGCAAUUCAGGAAAACGGUAAAAGAUUUAUUUUCAAAGAUCUUCUGUAGUAAAUGUUGCAGAAGAAAUAACAUGUUAUCUAGCAAUGUGUAAUUUUUAAGAUUAUUUUUUUCUUCUUUUUGUCAUUAUUGUAGACAUUAUAAAAAGCUAAGUUAGUUAGCUAACAAUAUGUGUCUUAAAAGGCUAGCGGAUGUAAGCAGUCGGGUCUGCCUCUAUACUGGUGUCAAAGACUGUCAAGCAGUACAAGAUUUGAAGAGUUUUUUUUAACACAAUAAUGGUUAAUGAAGAGUUUUCCUUUAUAGAACUAUAAGUUAAAAGAAAAUGUAAAUUUAUGUGUUCAAAAUACAAUGUAAAUACACCACUUUAAACAGGCUUAUCGAAGUAUAACCUAAAUCAUACUUGUAUAUUUUUAUUAUCAAGUUAAAUCUACUUAUGUUUCUAAGUUAUGUCACUUAAUCGUACAUUUAGACAAGCUUUACAUGAUGUGCAUAGAUUUAUAAAAACAGUGAAUAUGUGAUAAAUGCUUUCUUUUCUAUGUAAUAUCUUAGCUUAAAGUGGCCUUCAGUUUUUUCUCUUCUGGUGGUCAAACGAUUCCGUGUUGUUAAGUAAGUAUUUCAUAAAUGUUAUCUUUGAGAAGAACAUCAUAAUACUGUAAAUCUCCUUUAAGCCGUCUUCAAAAUCCUGCGUCCCGAGAGCUAUUUUAUAACGCAUAUAAUGUGACUUUCCUUUCUAAAACUUAGAAGAUUGGGAAAUGAAUGAAUUGUCCGC